CACGGUAUCACAACCCUCUAUCUAAAACUCUCACCUCCGAAGCUGCCCAUCGGUAGCAUUACAAGUUGGAACCCCCCCUACCCAACCCGUGGCCAUUACUCGUAUCUGUGAAAUUCCCAUAUCCUACCUACCCUCCACGGCCACCGGAGCUGGUAAACGAAUUCGCGAGUACGGAUCGGUUGGUCUGGAGGAAUUCAUAUUUCUUGAUAUACUUACUACUCCCGAGGGCAUGGUGUACUUUCGGUUAAGAGGUGGAGAUUGACUGGGUCUUGUGAGAGAGAAAGGCACGGGGGCGAACAGAGAGCUGGUAACCUUUUCAGUUGCUCGCUUGGGAAAAUCUAUAGUUUGUUGGCGGUCUCAUAAUUGAUAAGUUGGAAUGAGGGUGUGCUUUUGGAAAGGAUAUCCAUCAAUCCAUACUCUUUUUGGGCUGUCCCCCUUGCGGGCUAUGGUCGAUCCGGUCGUGAAGCCAGAGUACAAUACCUUGCAUCGAGUGAUUUCUUAUGAAUAUUGGUACUUCGGUCAGUCAUUAUCAUGCAACGGAGCCCAGAGGAAAUCGCCCCAACAUCAUAGGUACCCUCUAAACAGCUCAGGUGAUCAGGAGUAUCUCCAGAGAGUGUGUGGCUGA